AUGAGUGGGGUCUCGGAGGGGAAGGGCUGCAGUGACAGGCAACCUGGGGCUCUGACCCACGAUCACUGCUGUUGCAGGAAGAUGAAUGCCUCCAGAUGCGUGCCUGAGGAGGUGGGGUUCCUCCGCCCACUGACCAUGGCUGUCCUGUCUGUGUCCUUUGUCGUCGGAGUGGUGGGCAAUGGGCUGGUGCUAUGGAUGACUGUCUUCCGCAUGGCCCACACGGUGUCCACCGUCUGGUUCUUCCACCUGGCCCUUGCCGAUUUCAUGCUGUCACUGUCUCUGCCCGUCGCCACGUAUUACGUGGCCUCCAGGCAGUGGCUCCUUGGAGAGUGGGCCUGCAAACUCUACAUCACCUUUGUCUUCCUCGCCUUCUUUGCCAGUAACUGCCUCCUCGUCCUCAUCUCUGUGGACCGUUGCAUCUCCGUCCUCUACCCCGUCUGGGCCUUGAACCGCCGCACCGCGCAGCGGGCGAGCUCGCUGGCCAUCGCGGUGUGGCUCCUGGCCGUUGCCUUGUGCUCUUCACACCUGAAAUUCCGGAAGACCAGAAAAUGGAAUGGCUGUGCGCAGUGCUACUUGGAGUUCAGCUCUAAGAAUGAGACUGCCCAGACUUGGAUUCAGGGGGUCUUCGAGAUAAAAAAUGUGGUGACCAUAGGCCACUUCCUGCUGGGCUUCCUGGGGCCCUUGGCAGUCAUAGGUAUCUGCGCCCACCUCAUCCGGGCCAAGCUCUUGAGGGAGGGCUGGGUCCAUGCCCACCGGCCCAAGAGGCUGCUGCUAGUGCUGGUGAGCGCUUUCUUCAUCUGCUGGUCCCCGUUUAACAUGGUCCUGUUGGUCCAUCUGUGGCGACGGGUGAUCCUCAAGGAACUCUACCACCCCCGGAUGUUCAUCAUCCUCCAGACUAGCUUCGCCUUGGGCUGUAUCAACAGCUGCCUCAACCCCUUCCUCUACGUCUUCGUUGGCAGAGAUUUCAAAGAAAAAUUUUUCCAGUCUUUGCCUUCUGCCCUAGCCAGGGCGUUUGGAGAGGAGGAACUUCUCCGUUCCUGUCCCCGUGGCAAUGGCCCCAGGAAACCGUGA